AGAGCCGGCAGGUCUGGAACGGCGAGCUAGGGAACUGCUUACAUCAUUCGCGUCUUCCCACGUCAUCUCGCCCCGCCUGCUUCCCAGGGCUCCACACCCCGCCCCUUGCGCAGGCGCAGGGUCGCCUUUCGGGUCCGCCCUUUUUCUCGAUUUGAAUUUGCCCCAGCAAAGCAAGACAGACAAAAAAAUACCCGGAUGGAUGUUGCUGGCCUUUUCGCGCCAAUAUUCUGAAUUCUCACGACAACCUUGAAAGCACAAAGGAAGAAGGCAGCUCAGUCGGCCCCUCGCGCCAGCCAAUCAGAAAGCCUCCUGCCUUCUUCCAGCCUGCUGCAGCCACCCCAGGGCAGAGUCUUAGCAUCUGUAGCAGAAAUCUCAGAGACUUCUUCCUGCUGGCUCAGCUGGGAGGCCCAGGAAUGCUUUGCAAAGGCCAUUUAUCUGAAUUCUGAAUAAAGGUGAAGACGGCUAUGCUUUUCAGCUCUCUAGCCAAGUCAAGAUGAAGCCUGAGUCAUGGCAGGCCAUCUGCCAUGUGUGCGUGGCCAGCGGCCUGUGUGCAGCCACAGUGUACAUGGGCUUUUUCGAGGAUGUCUUUGUGCAAGUGGGCUUUGAGCACUAUGCGGAAGCCAUGGAUGAGCGCCUGCCUGCCUUCCUAGCCAUGCCCUUCAACUCACUCAUUAACUUGGCCUACGUGCUACUGGGAGCGUGCUGGAUGUGGACAGAUGUUGGUACCCUGGGCCAUGCCACCGAGCUGCAGAGAGCUCAGUACCUGAAGGAUGUCUUUGCCAGCAUGGCCCUGGUCUACGGUCCUGUUCAGUGGCUACGGAUCUGGACACAGACACACCCUGCUGCGGUGCUUGACCAGUGGCUGACCUUGCCUAUAUUUGCCUGGGUGGUGGCCUGGUGUCUCUCCAUAGAUAGAGGCUGGGCACCUUGGUUGUUGCUCUGCAUCGAGGGCCUGUCCCUGUCCAGUUAUGGCCUUGCCCUGCUGCACCCGCAGGGGUUCGAGGUGGCACUGGGUACUCACGUGGUGGCUGCUGUUGGGCAGGCCCUCCGCACCCACAGGCGGUAUGGCAGUGACACCUCAGCCACCUACUUAGCCUUGGGCAUGCUCUCCUGCCUGGGUUUUGUGCUCCUCAAGCUGUAUGACCAUGAGCUUGCCCAGUGGCUUCCUUUCCAGCGCCUCACAGGCCACUUCUGGUCCAAAGUCUGUGAUGUGCUCCAGUUUCAUUUUGCAUUUUUGUUUCUGACCAAUUUAAAUACUUCGCCAAGACUCCAUCCCAAGGAAAAGAUGCAUUAAAA